CCUUGGAACCCCUCUAUCGCAAUCAUUUCCAACCACCACCGAUUACGCAUUAACCAUAUUUACGGGAUCUUUGUUAAGAGAGAAGGGAAGAAAAUGGGCACAAUUGAACUCCCUCCAGCAGCAGACUUCCACACUCACCUCCGCGAAGGAGAUAUGAUGCGUGUCGUCGUUCCCACGAUCAAAAAGGGCGGAGUAUCACUCGUUUAUGUCAUGCCAAACCUCGUCCCUCCGAUUACAACUGUACCCCAAGCCCUCUCCUACCACUCCGGCCUCGCAGACCUUGAACCCUCCGUGACCUUCCUAAUGACCUUAUAUCUCUGCCCGGCGAUAAACCCGGCAGUAAUCGAACACGCAGCUUCCACAAAAAGGAUAAUAGGAGUAAAGUCCUACCCGAAGGGCCUGACGACAAAUUCCGAAGCAGGCGUGGUCUCGUACGAGGAGUACUACCCUGUCUUCGCGGCGAUGGAAAAGCACGACCUGGUACUAAACCUGCACGGGGAGUCACCAUCCAGCGAGACCACGACGAUCCUAAAUGCCGAGGAGACCUUCCUACCAACAUUGCUAGACCUACACGCCCGCUUCCCGAAAUUAAGGAUCGUGUUGGAGCACUGCACCACCGCAGCGGCAGUAGAGGCGGUCCGGAAGUGUGGCGAUACUGUCGCGGCAACCAUCACCGCGCAUCAUUUAUUCCUCACGAUAGACCAGUGGGCGGACAACCCGCACUGCUUCUGCAAGCCCGUUGCCAAGCUCCCAUCUGAUCGCGCUGCACUCGUCGAGGCGGCCACGUCCGGGGAUGCAAAGUUUUUUCUGGGAACGGACUCGGCGCCGCACCCGCGGGAAAUGAAGAUUGGGUCGAAGAACGGGAGGACUGCCGCUGGGGUGUUUACGCAGCCGUACGCUGUGCAGUUUGUCGCUGAGGCAUUCGAUAAGGUGGGGAAGUUAGAUAUGUUGAGGGGGUUCGUGUGCGACUUUGGGAGGAGGUUUUAUAAAGUGCGGGAGAAGGAGUUGGAGAGGGAGCUCGGUGCCGAGGUGGGGAUUCUACUGAGGAGGGAUGGGGAUGAGGUUGUUGUUGGUCAGAUUGGAGAGAAGGAUAAGAUUGUUGUGCCGUUUAAUGCUGGGAAGGGGGUGUGGAGCUUAGCGUGGAAAGGGGAGUCUAGUGGGGAUUAUUAGAUUUCUUUCUACUAAGUAUGAUAUCAUAAUAAUAAUAUUAUGAAGGUCAUGGUAUCAUAGCACCUUGAAACAAUCCCCAAGUUUAUCAAGUGUCACUCCUUCUUAAUUCCCAGCAAGCUACACCUGCCUUCCGAAAAUCCUCAGACCUAGUCAAUAUGCUCUCCAACAACACCUAAACUUAAACCACAAGGUUCAAUCUAAAAUUCUUGGCAAAAACACACAACAUGAUCCAUCUCAUCCAUCCGUCCGUGCGUGCAGAACCUCACGUUUAUCCACGCCUCCUCCGCCUUCCUCCCAACAACUGUCGCAACAACAACCAAGAGCACAAAACGACCACCCCGACCAACGCCACACUUUCCAGGCAGCAAGAAGCUCAGCUCGCGAAAUAAACAAAAUGUCCCUAAACCACACACCCCCCGCGAAGCCCGCAACAAACAUCUGGUCGGUAAUGAACUACCAAGUGCCUCGCGGCAAAUGUGUCCACAAACUCGGUGUCCUAAGCACCUCCUGUCCCUGCCUUCGCUUCAUGCUAAACCCGCUACAAGCUGCGAGCAGCUUCGCAUGCGACGGCUGUGGUCACCACGCUUCGUUUCACAAUCUGAGUAAUCCGGGCGAGGAGUACGAGGUUACAUUGAUCGCCGAGGGCGAGCGUGACGGGAGGAAGAUGGUGACGAAUGGGAGUGGGAACGGGAGUGGGAGGAAGAGGAGUUCGAUGGUGGCGGGAAAUGGGGUGCGGGGGCAGCUGAAGAAUGGGAAUGGGAGGGAGAGGGGUGGGGAUAAGGAUAGGGGGGAUGACAGGGAGGAGGGGGAGGAGGGGGAUUUGGAGUGCCAGGUUGUUAAGAGGGUUAGGAAUUAGUUGUGUGCUUGUAAGCUGUGGGGGAGGGGCCGUUGGGGGGUAAUAUGUCACGAUACGGGUUCAAGUCUUUUCUUUUUUUUUUCAUGCUGGAGUUUGAUGUUGUCGUCGUGGUCUGUUUCCCUGGUUUCGCUAAGCUACUACUGACUGCUACUACUACUAUGUCUGCCUUGCUCGUCUGUUUGUCUGAUAUAAUAUAUACCCACCAAUUUCUGGGG